AUGCCUCGUCGGCCCUCAUUUUAUAUUUUCUUUAACGCGAAGGGUUUACAUGCCUGCCAUUUUCCAUUGAAUAUGGAUAUCACAAAAGAGAGAGAAGAUAUGGAAGAGAUUAAUCAUUUUAGUCAUAGCCAUCCAUUAAAGUUGGUCAACAUGGAGACGAUUCUAGGUGCUAAUUUCGAUAGCCAUGGUGGUGGUGGUGGUGAAGAGAAAGAGAAACCAGGUGUAAUUGGUUGCUAUGCAUGUCAAAACCCUAUAUUAAGUGGCUUUGUAUAUGGUUGCAUCCAAUGUCGUCAUUUUAUGCAUACAAAAUGCUCACAAGUUGCGCCCGCUAUCAACCUGCCUUCCUUAUAUAAGCAUCCUCUAAGGGUAUUCGAUUUUGGAGUUGAACCAGACCUCUCUUGGGGUUGUUAUCUUUGUCGUAACAAAAAAAGAAAAAGGGGGUUUUGUUAUUUCUAUAACAAACCUGAGUACAACAUUGGAUUUAAUGCUUGCAUCGAUUGUUGUCUUGUUGAGAUUGCUCGCAAGGCAGAAGUUGAUGCUAUCAAGGAGGAGGGAAGGAUCAAGAUUGAACAUGAAGGCCAUCCACAACAUACUUUAAGCCUCAAAUUAAGACCUAAUGCGGUGUUGUGUAAUGCAUGCAAAGCUAAGGAUGAAGGCUUAUUCUAUGAGUGUGAUAGUUGUGAUUUCUGGAUCCACAAGACUUGUGCUUCCUUAUCCUCUACCAUCCAUCUACCCAAUCACCAUAAUCACCCACUUGCCCUGGUCUAUUCGCUUCCAGAAAAAUUCUUUAAAUUUGCAUAUUAUUGUGAGUUUUGCAGCAUAUACAUCCGAUGGAAUGACUGGUUGUAUCAUUGUGCAAAUUGUAGAUAUUUUGCCCAUAUCAGGUGUGCCUUAACUGCAGAACAACCUUCUAUUCAAAGAGAUGGUCCGAGUACUUCUACAGUUGAUGAGGAUGAAAAUGGUUUGCUACAUUUUCCCAUGUCAGAUGAAUUUACAGAUCCAUUGAAACUACAACAUUAUGAAAAAAUGACUCAAGAUGAUGAUGAUGAUGAAAAAACAGUGAUUGAGCAUCAGCAUUGGAGUCAUGAACAUCCAUUAAUCCUUCAUGUUCAACAUCAAGCUAACAACAUGUCUUGUUCCAGUGAUCCAAUAGAGGUGUGUUUCGGUUACGGAAACACGUUUUUAUACAAAUGUGAAACUUGUGAGUUCAAUCUCGAUGUCAACUGUGCAUUUCUACCCAACACCAUCAAACAUAAAUCCCACAAGCAUCCUCUUAUGCAAAUUAUCGAUCCUCAACCUCUUUGUAACGCAUGCAACCUAUGGUCUAAUGGUAUUGCAAAGGACAUGAAGUUUCAUUGA